AUGACUCGUAAACGACGAGGAACCUUGCAGUCGCAUCAACCUCCUACAAAACGAAAGCGCCACGAAUCGUCUUUUGGCAUUCCCGAGCAUGUAGAAGACUACGACGAUCUCGGAACACCGCCUCCGCGCUCCAACACCGUCAUCGCGACACGCAACUUCCAUAAGCUCUCUGCGACGCUCAUGAACGACAUCAACAGCCACAAGCACGCUUCCUACUUUGCCAAUCCCGUGCGUGACCGCGAUGCUCCGGGCUACAGCGAGAUUAUCAAGCAGCCGCAGAACCUCAAGGGCAUUCGCGCAGCCAUCAGCGCCGGCACGCGAGCCAUUGCCGCCGCCGCCACGGCUGGAGAGUCGCCUUCUGUCGCCGAGACGCCUGGGAGGAACACUUACCCUGCUACGGGCGAGGCGACAUUGGAACUCGAACGCAGCGAAGACGUUGAGCCGCCCAAGGCGAUUGUCAACGCGGGGCAGUUGGAGAAGGAGGUGAUGCGGAUGUUUGCAAAUGCGGUCAUGUUCAAUCCCGGGCAGGAUGGGCUGGUGGGCUUCACGAGGGAGAUGAUGGAGGAUGUCGAGGCGAAGAUUCGGGAGUGGAGGGGCGAGGCUGGGGGCAAUGGUGGUGGAGGGGAAGAGGAGGAGGUGGAGGAGGAGAGUGGGAAGGGGAAGAGGAGGAGGAUGGCUUAG